AUGGUACUUAAAGAGAAACAAUAUCUGCUCGAAAAUGCGUGGAGUGCUUGCGAAGCGUGCUGCUCCCCGGCACCCGGCUACACACGAAUAAAGCAUUGUUGUUCUGACAAUUUCGAAGCUCGCCAAGCUAUCACCACACUAAGAGCUCGGGUUUCUUUUAAUUCUUUUGGGUUUCUGCUGCUCUUCCUGCGUUCCCUUCUUUGGCUACCUUCAGUAUUUCGCUAUUUUCGCUUUGGCUUCAAGAAUCCUUUGCGACCAACCACUCACACUCGCUUUUUACUCUCACCUUCGCUUGAAAUUAUACCCACUUCAAUUCCUUCAUUUGCUCAAUUGGUAAUGCAGAAUAUUUUGGUGACACCCACCAAAGCCCACGGUGAUGUAACAAACGCCGUGGCCCACACGUUCAAACCCAGCCUGCUAGGGUCGACUCCCAAGGCUCAAGUUCUACGCAAGGCGCUGGACGCCCCACCGUUGAAACUGGGCCAUAAGACCGGGUAUCGCUUCCCACCUCGAAGCGGCACCCUGAGUGCAGCGUUCGAUUCACCCUCGAAACCCUCAAGAUACUCCUCCAGGCUCAACAGUCCCGAGAGCAUAUACGCCACAGUGCUGGAGAAAUCUCCGGAACUGACAUCAGAUGACGAUACCCUAAGUGAUGACAGCAACUUGAGUGCCAACAGCAUGAUCAGUCCAACUGAUCUCAGUCCCGUGGAUGAUGUCGCUGGAAGUCCACCACUUGCCAAGGACUUCCUUCUCUCAUCGGCUCUUUUGCAUUCCAGCUUGCUAAGCGAUGGAACUCUACACGAAGGACCUGGUCUACAAACGGCACCCAAGAAAGCUGACGUUCUUCCCUUAUUCAGCAAUGGACCUAAAAAGCUACAACAAUACUCUACAAUCGCCAAGCCACUUAUACGGAGGAACAGUCGUCAGAAAGUUGAAAAUAUCAAAUCUAUUCUGAAGAGACCUACUAGCCCCGAGUCGCUCAAUUAUUUGGUGACCACUGCCAAUGGCUCUCUGGUCAACGCUACCAUAUUUGCUACUGAGAUCAAUUCUUGUACUGGAAAAGUGCCCUUGCCAGCUAACAAAUGGGAAAGAGUAACAAUUCCUGUCAACAUUGAGAUGAGAGAUCAAUUACUUCAAAAUCGUGCCAAGCUUUUGGGACACGAAGACGACACGGACUUUGACGGCAGAAAAUCAUCCGAAAUCGAAACCGAAACUAUGGGCGGGUCCCUGGGUAAACAUGAAGACGCCGCAAUAAUACGUGGCUAUGACUUUGACAUUGAGGCACCUAUUCCAAAUUUCACCGGGGAGAAAUGCGUCACUAAGCUGGAUAAAGAGAGAAAGUUAAGAUGGAAUGAAGAAUUUUGA